GAACAACAAAUGUCAAGCAAAAGAUGAAAGAGAUAAGGGGCGUUAGAAAAGAUGUCGAGGCAAGAAGAGAACAAGCAUUCUUUGGUUUGCCCCAAAGGCGGGCAGAAUGUGAUCAAACUGUUUUUCACAUCUACAAAGGAGUCAAGGCAUUUUCAUUCUGUAAGAGAAAGAACUUGCUGCUGACAGGGGGAAUGGAUCGAAUCAUUCGAGUCUGGAAUCCUUAUCUGCCUGGAAAACCAACAGGUAUGCUGAAAAGCCACACGGCUCCAGUGAUCUACAUCCAUGUAUCUGCUGAGGAUAACAAAAUAUUCUCCAUGUCCACCGACAACACUAUUAAGAUCUGGGAUCUAGAGACGGACAGCUGCUUGUUCACUGCAUCUUCCAAAGCCAGCGGUAUUAAGGGGGACUUCGCAGCCUGCCUCUACCUCCCUGAAUCCAGAUCGCUGUGUGUGGCCACUGACACGGUCGCACUCCUACACCUGAGACUGAGAUCUCCGUCGGAGCCAUGCCUGGUAGUCUCCCACCAAGAGCCUGUGCCGUGCUGCCGCUACAACCCGGCCUUCAGGCAGGUGGUCAGCUGCUCUGAAGCAUCUGUGGUAAAAGUGUGGGACUUCGAAACAGGAAGGCUGUUGUCUGGAUUUACUGGAGCUCAUGGCAAUGCUGGAAUCACAUGUCUGACCUUCGACACCAGUGGAAGAAGGCUAAUCACCGGGGGCAGAGAUGGCUGUCUGAAAAUAUGGAGUUACAACAACGGACAUUGUCUGCACACACUGAAACAGGAUGAAAAGCAAAGUGAAGUCUGUGAUUGCACCUACGUGGAGGUGAACCAAAAUAAGUGUAUCAUAGCUGUUGGAUGGGACAGAAGAAUAAAUGUAUAUUUUGAUGCACCACGUGACUUUCAUCACUUCUGGAAGCCCCAGCCACACUGGCAGGAUGACCUGAACCACGGGCACAAGGAGGACAUCCUGUGUGUGGCUCAGUGCCCACCUUUUCUUCUUGCCACCUCCAGUUACGAUGGGGAGGUCAUCAUUUGGAAUGUCAUCUCAGGCCACAUAUACUGCAAGCUGAACACUCCCCCCUGCUCUGAUGAUGCAGAAGAUGGAAAGGGCUCAGACCGGUGUGUUUCCUGCCUCACCUUCCUGAAGUCUCGGGCUGCCAAGUUUGAAUCAGCGGCUGCUUCCCUCAUCACCAAUGGGCCUGGAGGUUCUGUUACCUUCUGGAAGCUGUUUGGUGGAGCCUGUCCCAUUGCAAACUUCACUCCCUCCAGGGACAAAGCGCAGGUCAGCAGCAUCACGGUGACAGCAGGAGAUGCCCUUGCCUACGUGGCUGACCAGGAAGGUUUUGUGCACGUCUAUGACAUCAAAGAGUACGGCCUGCAGGGACCUGAGCUGCAGUCCCCCAAGAAUGUGACAUUCUGGCGGGCCCAUGUCAGUGUGGUGACAUCUCUGGAGCUGAUAGAAGAAAAAUUUCUGCUGUCAUCCUCCCUUGACCACACUGUGCGCCUGUGGAGUGCGGAUGGGAAGUACAUAGGAACCUUUGGGCAACAAAGCCCCUGGGAUAUUUUCACUCCUGCCUCCUGGAGCCACCCUAGAGUGCCCUGUGAAAUUUUGACAGAUCCCCAGAGCACACCUGCUCACCCAGUGCUGGGAGGGGAUGUGGCUGUUCUGCACACAAAGGAGGAGGAACAAGACAAGGUGGUGGAGGAAAAGGCUAAGCCUGAAAAGACCCCUAAUCCUCGCUUUCCAGAAGACCCCAUCCCUGAAGUUGAAAUGAAAGAAGACAUAGAUCAAUGGCUGCCGCUGGACUGGAACCCGCCUUCCAGGAGAACAUGUGGGCCGGGGUGGCCGAGCAUCUACCAGACCCUCCGGUGCCACGAGGUCGCCUGCGUGUCCGCUGUCGGGGAGAAGCCAGACUUGUCUAUUAUUGGCUCGGAUUUGUUUAACGUAAAUUUCCUCGCGAAGGAACAAGAAGGAGGUGAAGCUGCCCAGGAGCACUGA